UGUGUGCACUGAAAUGAAAAGUGGAAGUGGAGGUGUUCCAUACCUGGCUGAUGUGUGUUUGGAUUUGAUAAGCAUCAGAGUCAAAGGCACAGUUUGUGAUGUCUGUUUGACGGGGUCAGUGCAGCGGGACUGACCAGACACCACAGUGUGCGUUUGUAUUGUGCAAAGGGCACUGUAUUGCCCAGACCAUGUGGCUGGCUACAUUUAGAGACCAUCUGUUGCCUGCACACCUGCCACAUCAGCAAGGGACUGUAACCAUCACCCACUGCGCUCUUCUUUGGUGGAUAUUAUGCUCCUGCUGGUCGUUCACCAAGGCGACAAGCCAGAAAUUCUACCCAACGGUCACCACCCAGUUCGGCAAGCUGCGAGGCCUCCGGGUGCCUGUGCCCAGCGAGGUGCUCAGGCCCGUCGAUCAGUACCUGGGCGUCCCGUAUGCUGCUCCACCCGUGGGUGAGAAGCGCUUCAUGCCGCCAGAGCAGCCCUCCUCUUGGUCAGGUAUCAAGAACGCUACCCACUUCAUGCCUGUGUGCCCUCAGAACAUCCACAACACCGUGCCAGAGAUCAUGAUGCCCAUAUGGUUCACCUAUAACCUGGACACAGUAGCCACAUACAUUCAAGAUCAAAGUGAGGACUGUUUGUACCUAAACAUCUACGCUCCGACAGAGGAUGGGAGCCAACACAAGAAAAAGGGGGCGGCUUUCUCACAUGCCGAGACUCAUAUAUCUGAAGAUAUAAGGGACUCCGAAGCGCGACCUGUGAUGGUCUACAUCCACGGAGGCUCCUAUAUGGAGGGCACUGGGAACAUGAUGGAUGGCAGCGUAUUGGCCAGUUAUGGGAAUGUUGUCGUCGUCACACUCAACUACCGAAUUGGAAUAUUAGGCUUCCUCAGCACUGGUGACCAGGCAGCAAAAGGAAACUACGGGCUCCUGGACCAGAUUCAAGCCCUUCGCUGGAUCAGUAAGAACAUUGGUUACUUUGGAGGAGACCCAGGCCGCAUCACAGUGUUUGGAUCAGGGAUUGGUGCAUCCUGCGUCAGCCUGCUAACAUUGUCCCACCACUCAGAGGGUUUGUUCCACAGAGCCAUCAUCCAGAGCGGUUCGGCCCUGUCCAGCUGGGCCGUCAACUACCAGCCGGUCAAGUACACUCGCAUGCUGGCCGAGAGGGUCGGCUGCAACGUGCUCGACACUGUGGACAUGGUCUCCUGCCUGCAGAAGAAGAGUGCCAAGGAGCUGGUGGAGCAAGACAUCCAGCCUGCGCGAUACCGCGUGGCUUUCGGCCCUGUCAUCGAUGGGGACGUCAUCCCGGACGACCCCGAGAUCCUGAUGGAGCAGGGCGAGUUCCUCAACUAUGAUAUAAUGCUCGGGGUCAACCAGGGGGAAGGCCUGCGCUUUGUGGAGAAUGUGAUGGACAUGGAGGACGGCGUGUCUGGCAGCGACUUUGACUUUGCCGUGUCAGACUUUGUGGACAGUUUGUACGGCUACCCAGAAGGAAAGGACACACUGAGGGAGACCAUUAAAUUCAUGUACACUGACUGGGCUGAUAAGGACAACCCGGAGACCAGGAGGAAGACCCUGGUGGCUCUCUUCACUGACCACCAAUGGGUGGAGCCCUCAGUGGUGACGGCCGACCUGCACGCACGCUACGGCUCCCCUACGUACUUCUACGCCUUCUACCACCACUGCCAGAGCCUCAUGAAGCCUGUGUGGUCAGACUCAGCGCACGGAGACGAGGUGCCUUACGUCUUUGGCAUCCCCAUGGUGGGCCCAACUGAUCUGUUCCCCUGCAACUUCUCCAGGAACGACAUCAUGCUCAGCGCCGUGGUUAUGACUUACUGGACCAACUUUGCCAAGAGUGGGGAUCCUAACAAGCCAGUGCCACAGGACACCAAGUUCAUCCACACCAAGGCCAACCGCUUCGAGGAGGUGGCCUGGUCAAAGUACGACCCCUUCGAUCAACUGUACUUGCACAUUGGCCUAAAGCCGCGUAUCCGUGAUCACUACCGUGCCACCAAAGUGGCCUUCUGGAAACACCUGGUACCUCACCUCUACAACCUCCACGACAUGUUCCAUUACUCCUCCACCACCACCAAGGUCACCCCACUGGAUCCUACCCAGUCUAAUGGCAAGAGGUCUGGCAGCACAGGACGUCCUCCUGUCUCCACUGCCCAUGGUGACGGCGACGGAGGGAGGGAGAUGGGCCCUCUGAUCAUGCCCAACCCGAGAGAUUACUCCACAGAGCUUAGCGUCACCAUUGCUGUAGGGGCAUCGCUGCUCUUCCUCAACGUCCUGGCCUUCGCCGCUCUGUACUACCGCAAGGAUAAACGCAGUCGGCAGGACACGUCCCAGCAGCCCAGUCCCCAGCGUGACAGCAAAGGCAACAACGUGAGCCACACCACCACGGUGGACGAGACCCUGUCGUCCCAGCAAAGGAACCAGUGCGAGGCCCUUCACAAUCCUCUCCACGUUUCCCCCAGCUUGGACUACUCACUCACCCAGCACCGCUCCCCUGACGACAUACCUCUGAUGACCCCUAACAAUAUCACCAUGAUCCCCAACUCCCUGAUGGGCCUCUCCAACAUGAGUCCGUACAGCACCUUCCCGGCUGGUUACAGCUCUGCAGGCCUGCCCAGCACCCACUCCACCACUCGGGUAUAGCCUGGCAGGAGACGGAGAUGAAACGAAGCGACAUACGUAAAACGUGGAAAUGUAAAGCUGUAUUUAGGAUGUGUAGCUAAAAUAGGAUUGAAUAUGUUCGUUUUGUCUUUUCCAACGGUGUUAAAGCGCCAACAUCCUGCCUUUGCUCUCUCAUGAUAGGAAGUCUAACUGCAGAGUCAUUUUAUAAUACUCAUUUUAAAAGGCAGUCAAAAAGAAAAAAAAAGCGCAUUUCAUUUUCCACGUUGGCUUUUUUGAAACUUUACAUAGCAAGAACUUAGUAUAAUGUUUAUACAGUUGGAUUUGUAUGGGAAGCUUUUUCUUACUCUGAUAUCUAUUUUGAUCUCAAGGGACAAAGUGACAUUACAACUCGUGGUGGACAGAGAUGAGAUCCGAGGAAAAGCCAAAAAAAGCAGUAUUAUUAUUAUUAUUAUUAUUAUUAUGAAUAUUAUCGAGCUAUUUUAUACAUAUUUCUCAUGGUACAUUGCUUAUUAUAAAAAUGUAUUUUUAUUGUAAUUACUUUCAAAUGCCUUGUAAUUCGCUCACAUUAGAAAAUGACUGUGGAUUCAUAACGAUGGAUUUAAAUUUUACUGGUCGCACAUGUGGUAAAAAAAAAAAUCCAGUUCAUCCAGAGCAUUUCUCUCUGGUGGUGCAAAGAUAUAGCGCCUCUGUGUGUGUGACUGCGUGCGUGCAUGUGUGUGUGUGUGGCCGAGGGGUGUGCUUCAAAAAAUGUAAAUUAGGCAUUGUUUAAAAUUUACCAUUCAGGUUUGCAUAUGUAGUGUUGUGUAAUCUAUUGUAGUCCAUUUGAGUAUCCUAGCUAUACUUUUGUUUCACGUGUCCAUAACUUUUUCUUUAAAACAUUGCAGGACUAUAACUAAUGCUUCACUUUAAAAAGAGAAUCGCUUUAAAUGUGUUUUCCUACUCUAACCAGCUCAUGGUUCUUUUGGCUUGGCUUGUUUGUACAGAAUAAACUUAGAACAACAUUUUAUUUGUCGGUUGUUUAUGAAUACUGUAAGGUCUUCAGAGGGAUAACUGUAAUUACAUUGUAACUGUAUGUAUACCAACUCAAGUAUUCACAUUUAAAAAGUGAGUUUAAUGAAACUUUAAAGAUUGUGUUUUGGACCCCGCGCAUACCAAGAUAUAUUCAGGGGUCAUCCUUUACUGAAUGGACAUGAUGGACAACAAGCUUUGAGAUUUGAGAUUUGAGAUUUCUUUGAACCUAUCAUAAUGUUGUUUAAUCUAAAUGAGACCACUAUUAAAAGAUCUUU